UCUGCAAAGACUUCUGGGAUAUGUAGUGGGGCAGACAAAGGCGGGGAAAACGGGAACUUUUAAUUUUUGAGACACAUCAGCCCAAAGAAGCAGAGGACAUGUCUACAAUUACACAAAUUCAGCCCCUUGAAAGAUGAGAGGUGCAGGGCCACCCCCACUUCAGCAGAAGCAUAAAUGAGUUACUACAUCAUGUGCAUGAUGGCCAUCACAUUCCUGAACCUAAUCGGGAUCCCUAUGGAGAUAGCGUUUCUGGACGGGCACAGCGGGCUGGCGUGGGAAGGCUUUAACGUGUUUUCAGACACACUGUUCCUCAUAGAUGUGGCUCUGAAUUUCCGCAUGGGCAUCAUAGCAGAGGACAGUGAGGAAGCUAUUCUGGACAUCAAGCGGAUCCGAGUCUGCUACCUGAGGACAUGGUUCAUACCGGACGUUAUUGCUGCCUUCCCAAUCGGCUACAUUCUGCUGUUUGCGGACUUGCAGUACAACAACGAUGACAACCCCUCAAAAACCAACAAGAUGAUGAGGAUCCUGAUGUUUGUGCGGAUCCUCAGCCUAAUCAGACUCGCUCGAGUGUCCAGACUAGUAAGGUUUUUCAAUGAAGUGGAGAAAGUGUCAAAUGCAAACCUGGAGGUGGUUCGCCUCUUCUUCCGUGUUUUGUCUCUGUUUAUGAUGAUUUUCCUGUUGUGUCAUUGGAACGGCUGCAUCCAGUAUUUCGUACCUAUGCUGGAGGAGUUUCCUUCCGACUGCUGGGUUCGAAAAGAAAACUUAAUGAAUGCCACAGUGAUCGUGAAGUACUCUUGGGGAGUUUUCCGGGCUCUCUCUCAGAUGAUCGCUCUCUCCUAUGGAUCCAUGGAUGCUCCUACAAAUUAUGUUGAGAUGUGGAUCGUUAUGGUCAGCAUGGUGUCCGGCUGUCUGAUGUACACCGUCCUUGUGGCUAACGCUACGACCAUGAUCGCUAACAUCGACCCUGCUGCCAAGGAGUACAAGAGCAAGAUGAGUCGUUUGGAGCACUACAUGGCGUUCAUGAAGCUUCCACCAGAGCUGUGCCUUCGUAUCAACAACUACUACCAGGCCCGCUAUGGAGGGAAGUGGUUUCAUGAGAAAGACGUCAUGGACACAGUGUCUUCAGCACUCAAAGAACAAAUCAUGAUGGUGAUGUGCAGCCGGCUGCUCAGGAAGGUGCCGAUGUUUCAAAACAGAGAUGAAAACUUCAUUAACGCCAUCCUCCUCAAAUUGGAGUACGAGGUUUUCCUGGAGGGAGACGUCAUCGUCCGGCAGCAUGUCCCAGGCGAUCGCAUGUUCUUCAUCGACCACGGCCAGGUCCUCCUUGAGACGGAUUCCUACGAGAGGGAGCUAUGUGACGGGGACUACUUCGGUGAGACAUGCAUGCUGACCAAAGGCAAACAUCUGGCCACAGCAAAGGCUCUGAUGGAGUGCCAGUGCUUCACUCUGUCCUGGGACGACUUUCACGAGACGCUGGAGGGCUUCCCAGAUGUCAAGAAGGACAUAGAGAAAAUGGUUCAGCUCAGCCCUGAUGGUGGACUCGUGUAAAAACAAAAACAGUACCUGGACUUUUUUAUAGCACAAAGGACAGAAGAUCUGGAUAUUUCCAGGACAUCUCAUGUGAGGGACAGAGGAGCUGUGAAUGAUUCCUCGUGUGGACACAAGCUGGACACAUGUCCAUGGAUGAGAUGGAUAGCUUUA